AUUCCGGAACAGGACAAAGGCUAACAGUGGAGAACACAAAACCAGCUACAAAGGGCCAGGCAGCUCUGCUAAACUAGUGCUGCGUCCCACACGGCAACCUCUUUCCUUUAUAGUGCACCACUUUUGACCCGGGCCCAUAGGGCUCUGGUUAAAAGUAGUACACUAUAUGAAUAGGAUGCCAUUUGGGACACGGAUCUAGGUUAGGCUGAACCGAAUACACAGGGACGCCUCAUUGGUUGUUUCCCAUGCUGUUGUUUUUCACAAGUCAGCGAUUUGUCGCCUGAUGUGGGAUAUUUCCUCACCGUUUGUUGUUCAUUGCUCAUUAAACAGUAUCAUUAGCUGAGGUUGCGCUGAGGUCGUCACUCCUUUAGAAAACAGAGCUGAUUGUAAGAGAGACAACUGUUAACGUAACGGUAAAGGAAUUACCCCAACCGGCCAGAGACCAUGACCACCGCUACGUCCCCCAUCCUGUUGAAAUGGGACCCCAAGAGCCUGGAGAUCCGCACCCUGACCGUGGAGCGGCUGCUGGAGCCCCUGGUCACACAGGUGACCACCCUGGUGAAUACCAGCAACAAAGGGCCCAGCAGUAAGAAGAAGGGGCGCUCCAAGAAGGCCCACGUGCUGGCCCUGUCCGUGGAGCAGGCCACGCAGAACUUCCUGGAGAAGGGCGAGCAGAUCGCCAAGAACAGCCACGAUCUCAAGGAGGAGCUCAUCCUCGCCGUGGAGGAUGUCCGCAAGCAAGGUGAUUCAAUGCGCGUGGCCUCCCAGGAGUUUGCUGACGACCCUUGCUCCUCGGUGAAGCGCGGCACCAUGGUGAGGGCUGCCCGCGCCCUGCUCUCCGCCGUCACCCGCCUGCUCAUCCUCGCCGACAUGGCCGACGUCAUGAGGUUGCUGGCCCACCUGAAAAUCGUGGAGGAGGCCCUGGAGGCAGUGAAGAAUGCCACCAACGAGCAGGACCUUGCCAACCGCUUCAAAGAGUUUGGCAAGGAGAUGGUGAAGCUCAACUAUGUGGCUGCCCGCAGACAGCAGGAGCUGAAAGACCCCCAGUGCCGGGACGAAAUGGCGGCUGCACGCGGCGCCCUGAAGAAGAACGCCACCAUGCUCUACACGGCCUCGCAGGCCUUCCUGCGCCACCCGGACGUGGCGGCCACGCGCGCCAACCGCGACUACGUCUUCAAGCAGGUGCAGGAGGCCAUCGGGGGCAUCAGCAGUGCCGCUCAGGCCACCUCGCCCGGCGACGAGAAGCACGGCCACGCCGGCAUCGGCGAGCUGGCCGCGGCCCUCAACGAGUUUGACAACAAGAUCAUCCUGGACCCGCUGACGUUCAGCGAGGCGCGUUUCCGCCCCUCCCUGGAGGAGCGCCUGGAGAGCAUCAUCAGCGGCGCCGCCCUCAUGGCCGACUCGUCCUGCACCCGCGACGACCGCCGCGAGCGCAUCGUGGCUGAGUGCAACGCCGUCCGGCAGGCCCUGCAAGACCUGCUGAGCGAGUACAUGAACAAUACUGGCAGGAAAGAGAAAGGAGACCCGUUGAACUCUGCCAUCGACAAGAUGACCAAGAAGACCAGGGACCUGCGCAGACAGCUGAGGAAGGCGGUGAUGGACCACAUCUCAGACUCGUUCCUGGAGACCAACGUGCCGCUGCUGGUGCUCAUCGAGGCGGCCAAGAGUGGCAACGAGAAGGAGGUCAAGGAGUACGCGCAGGUGUUCCGGGAGCACGCCAACAAGCUGGUCGAGGUGGCUAACCUGGCCUGCUCCAUCUCCAACAACGAGGAGGGUGUGAAGCUGGUGCGAAUGGCUGCCACCCAGAUCGACAGCCUCUGCCCACAGGUGAUCAACGCGGCCCUCACCCUGGCUGCUCGGCCCCAGAGCAAGGUUGCCCAGGACAACAUGGACGUGUUCAAGGACCAAUGGGAGAAGCAGGUGCGCAUCCUCACCGAGGCCGUCGACGAUAUCACUUCUGUGGAUGACUUCCUGUCCGUGUCAGAAAACCACAUUCUGGAGGACGUGAACAAGUGCGUGAUCGCCCUGCAGGAAGGCGACGUCGACACCCUGGACCGCACGGCGGGCGCCAUCAGGGGUCGGGCGGCCCGCGUCGUUCACAUCAUCAAUGCGGAGAUGGAGAACUACGAGCCAGGCGUUUACACCGAGCGCGUUCUGGAGUCUAUCAAGCUGCUGUCUGAGACUGUCAUGCCCCGUUUCGCUGAACAAGUGGAGGUGGCCAUCGAGGCGCUGAGCACAAACCCCCCACAGCCCUUCGAGGAGAACGAGUUCAUCGACGCGUCCCGUCUGGUCUACGACGGCGUGCGUGACAUACGGAAAGCCGUUCUUAUGAUCAGGACACCUGAGGAGCUGGAGGAUGACUCAGACUUUGAGCAGGAGGACUACGAUGCCCGCAGCAGGACCAGCGUCCAGACAGAGGACGACCAGCUCAUCGCCGGACAGAGCGCCAGGGCCAUCAUGGCCCAGCUUCCUCAGGAGGAGAAGGCGAAGAUCGCCGAGCAGGUGGAGAGCUUCCGGCAGGAGAAGUGCAAGCUGGACGCCGAAGUGGCCAAGUGGGACGACAAUGGCAACGACAUCAUCGUCCUUGCCAAGCAGAUGUGCAUGAUCAUGAUGGAGAUGACGGACUUCACCAGAGGCAAAGGCCCCCUGAAGAACUCCUCUGAUGUCAUCAACGCCGCCAAGAAGAUUGCAGAGGCAGGCUCCAGGAUGGACAAACUGGCCCGCGCUGUCGCCGACCAGUGCCCUGACUCGGCCUGCAAGCAGGACCUGCUGGCCUACCUGCAGAGAAUCGCCCUGUACUGCCACCAGCUCAACAUCUGUAGCAAGGUCAAGGCCGAGGUCCAGAACCUGGGAGGAGAGCUCAUCGUCUCUGGGCUGGACAGCGCCACCUCCCUGAUCCAGGCGGCCAAGAACUUGAUGAACGCUGUGGUGCUCACAGUCAAGGCCAGCUACGUGGCGUCCACCAAGUACGCCAAGGUGUACGGCGCCGCCGCCGUCAACUCGCCUGUGGUCAGCUGGCGCAUGAAGGCGCCCGAGAAGAAGCCCUUGGUGAAGCGGGAGAAGCCCGAGGAGUGUCAGACGCGCGUUCGACGGGGCUCGCAGAAGAAGCACAUCUCGCCCGUCCAGGCCCUUAGCGAGUUCAAGGCCAUGGACUCCUUCUAAAGAUGUCCGCCGCCACGACAUCUGUCACUGAAACCAAGAAAAACAACACCGACAACGAGAAGUUUAAGAAAACUCCCUUCUUUCUUUGUGUUAAUUUGUUUCUUUCGGUGAGAGGAGUUAUACUGAUAAUACCAACGCCUCCUUUCUCCCUUUUGAGUGACGGGUCGAUGAAAAAACCUACCUGGAGGACUUUGCUAACCCACCGCCUGUACUGAACUACAGCUCCCAUGAACACUUUGGGCUUCUCGGCCAAUGAGGAGCCAGCGCGCUCCCACCCAUAUUUAUUACUAUUAUAACUAUCUUAGCUUAACCGUGUGAGAGCCAAAUGUAUAAACACUAAAAACAAAAACGUACUCAAAAAAAGGGAGAUAAAAGGUUAAAAACAAAACAUAUCAGAAGAGGGGCACCUAAAAUGACUAAAUGGCCAUCAAUAUUAUUGCUAUCUCAUUACUAUCGUGGUACUGACUGGCUGCUCGUACACCCAUUAACUGCCUGAAUGGAAAUGAUGAAUGACGCAGUAGUGGAAUCACUGUAAUACGAGGAUUGAUCUAUCGAGGUUGAUAAACUUUGGGCGGCAUUUUCGUGGAGACAAAAAGAGCACAGGUUUGUGCAAAAAGGACUGUAAACCUCUAUAUAAAUCAGACAGGGAAAUUUCAUUGUGAAACUUCUCUUCAACAAUGUGCAUUAUAAGGAGGCGAUUGAACUAGAGUUGAGUUUACUGAGUAAUGCAUGAAGUCACCUCCUCAUAACACAUCGAUGACACUGCCUGAUUAUGAAGAGGUUUACAGUAUUUCCCCCACAGAUCUGUGCUUUUUUUUUGUACAACACAAAUGUCAAUAUUCCCAUCCUAACUUAAUAUCUUGUAUUUUUCCCCGGUUUGAAUGUUACCUUACCUGUAGAGCUAGGAAUAACUUAUGUUUAAGGUAACUGAAAGUGUUUGGCAUCCAAGUAAUUUGUUUCCUUGUUCCUUCCCGACCCUUAACGGUGUUCCUGAACGAUGCACACACUUUAUGGUCCUAUGGUAUUGCCUUUUUAAAAAUCAAUUUCUCGUGAUGAUAUCACUAACUAUAUCGCAGCCUGAUUGGAUUAUUGUGUAGAGUGUAAUAGUAGACACGGAGAGGUAUGACUAGUUGUGGUUUCCUCAGAGAAUAUUUUGGCUGCGUUUAGACAGGCAGCCCAAUUCUGAUAUUUUUUUUAAACUAAUUUGUCUUUUAAUCAAUCAGUUCAGCUCUGAAAAAGAUAUCAUGUGAUUGGUCAAAAGUUAAAUUAGUGGGGAAAAAAUACCCGAAUUGGGGGGUGCCUGUCUAAAUGAAGCUCUAGAGUCCUACAAACAUACAUACAUUCAGGUAACUGCCAAAAUAAUGGAAAUGAGGGAUAUAAAGUAUAUUUAAAGGAGGCGCUUCCACACUGAGAUAAUUCAUCAAUUAACAUCCCAGCAUGCUUAGGGUCAUGUAUAAAUGAGGGAUAUAAAGUAUAUUUAAAGGAGGCGCUUCCAGACUGAGAUAAUUCAUCAAUUAACAUCCCAGCAUGCUUAGGGUCAUGUAUAAAAAUGCUGGGCAGGCCAAUUUUUGGGUUACCAUGGCCCCUAUAGGAUGACAAUGCCAUCCACACGGCGUGAAGGGCCAUGGGGGGAAUGGUUUGAUGAGCAUGAAAACGAUCAACCCAAUUGAACAUUGAUGGGAGAUUCUGGAGCAGCGCCUGAGACAAGAGUUUUCCACCACCAUCAACAAAACACCAAAUGAUGGAAUUGGGUUGCAUCUCUCCAAUAGAGUUCCAGACACAGAAACUAUUCUAAUUGAAUCUGUUCUGGCUCGUGGUGGCCCAACGCCCUAUUAAGACACUUUAUGUUGGUGUUUCCAUUAUAUUGGCAGUGACCUGUACAUACUUACAUACAGUUGAAGUCGGAAGUUUACAUACACCUUAGCCAAAUACAUUUAAACUCCGUUUUUCACAAUUCCUGACAUUUAAAAGUUCCCUGUUUUAGGUCAGUUAGGAUCACCACUUUAUUUUAAGAAUGUGAAAUGUCAAAAUAAUAGUAGAGAGAAUGAUUUAUUUCAGCUUUUCUUUCUUUCAUCACAUUUCCAGUGGGUCAGAAGUUUACAUACACUCAAUUAGUAUUUGGUAGCAUUCCCUUUAAAUGGUUUAACUUGGGUCAAAUGUUUCAGGUAGCCUUCCACAAGCUUCCCACAAUAAAUUGGGUGAAUUCUGGCCCAUUCCUCCUGACAGAGCUGGUGUAACUGAGUCAGGUUUGUAGGACUCCUUGCUCGCACACGCUUUUUCAGUUCUGCCCACAAAUUUUCUAUUGGAUUGAGGUCAGGGCUUUGUGAUGGCCACUCCAAUACCUUGACUUUGUUGUCCUUAAGCCAUUUUGCCACAACUUUGGAAGUCUGUUUGGGGUCAUUGUCCAUUUGGAAGACCCAUUUGCGACCAAGCUUUAACUUCCUGACUGAUGUCUUGAGAUGUUGCUUCAAUAUAUCCACAUAAUUUUCCCACCUCAUGAUGCCAUCUAUUUUGUGAAGUGCACCAGUCCCUCCUGCAGUAACGCACCCCCACAACAUGAUGCUGCCACCCCCGUGCUUCAUAGUUGGGAUGGUGUUCUUCGGCUUGCAAGCAUCCCUUUUUCCUCCAAACAUAACGAUGGUCAUUAUGUCCAAACAGUUCUAUUUUUGUUUCAUCAGUUGAGAGGACAAUUCUCCAAAAAGUACUGUCUUUGUCCCCAUGUGCAGUUGCAAACCGUAGUCUAGCUUUUUUUAUGGCAGUUUUGGAGCAGUGGGUUCUUCCUUGCUGAGCGGCCUUUCAGGUUAUGUCGAUAUAGGACUCGUUUUACUGUGGAUAUAGAUACUUUUUGCAUCUUUUGUUGUUCCGGGAUUGAUUUGUACUUUACGCACCAAAGUACGUUCAUCUCAAGGAGACAGAAUGUAUCUCCUUCCUGAACGGUAUGAUGGCUGCGUGGUCCCAUUGUGUUUAUACUUGCGUACUAUUGUUUGUAUAGAUGAACGUGGUACUUUCAGGCAUUUGGAAAUUGCUGGAUGAACCAGACUUGUGGAGGUCUACAAUUUUUCUCUGAGGUCUUGGCUGAUUUCUUUUGAUUUUCCCAUGAUGUCAAGCAAAAAGGCACUGAAUUUGAAGGUAGGCCUUGAAAUACAUCCACAGGUACACCUCCAAUUGACUCAAAUGAUGUCAAUUAGCCUAUCUAAAGCCAUGACAUCAUUUUCUGGAAUUUUCCAAGCUGUUUAAAGGCACAGUCAACUUAGUGUAUGUAAACUUCUGGCCCACUGGAAUUGCAAUACAGUGAAUUAUAAGUGAAAUAAUCUGUCUGUAAACAAUUGUUGGGAAAGUUACUUGUGUCACGCACAAAGUAGAUGUCCUAACCGACUUGCCAAGACUAUAGUUUGUUAACAAGACAUUUGUGGAGUGGUUGAAAAUGACUACAACCUAAAUGUAUGUAAACCUCCGACUUCAACUGUACAUACAAACAAAUACCUUUAUAUUCACUGUUCUCUAAUAAACGCGUCAAACUUGA